AUGGAAGCCAGUCCUACGGGGGCCACCCUUCUCUCCUUCCUCUUCACUCUCUUCCUCUUGUCCUUUCUCCCAACACCUUCUUCUUCUUCUUUUGCUUCUCCAUCUUUGGCCACUACAUGUGUUCGCUGCCACAAACACGACUACAAAGCACUGAUGCAGAUCAAAGCAGCACUUGGCAACCCAAACCACAUGGCUUCUUGGAUCCCCGACACCGAUUGCUGCAACUGGAACAACGUCGAGUGCCACUCCACCACCAAUCGCAUCGUCCAGCUCACCAUCUUCAAAGCCGACAUUUCCGGCCAAAUCCCUUGCGAGGUGGGUAAGCUUCGUUACCUCAAAACCCUCGUCUUCCAACACAUCCCCAAUCUCACCGGAAACAUCCCUGAAACCAUUACAGAACUCAAGUAUCUCACCACACUCCGACUCAGCUGGAACAGCCUCUCUGGUCCAAUCCCUUCUUUCCUAAGAAAACUCACAAACCUCAACUUCCUCGAGCUCAACUACAACCAGUUCACAGGUUGCAUCCCUUCCUCCCUCUAUUCCCUCCAUAGAUUAAAAGCUCUCCACCUCGACCGUAACAAGCUCACCGGAACAAUCCCCGAAUCUUUCGGGAAAUUCAAACAGUCUAUAUCCCUCUACCUCUCUCACAACAAUCUCUGCGGUCAGAUCCCCGAAUCGUUAUGGUAUGUAGAUUUCGUCACGAUCGAUUUAUCUUGGAACAAGCUUGAAGGGGACGCUUCGAUGUUGUUCAAGGCAUAUGGGUCGAUUCAGACGAUUGAUCUUUCGUGGAACAUGUUCGAAUUUAAUCUAUCGAAGGUGAAAUUCGCCAUGAACUUGCAAUAUUUGGACAUUUCACACAACAACAUCUUUGGGAGUAUACUAGAAGAAUCGAUUACGGGAUUGGAUUUGCAGUACCUGGACGUGAGUUAUAAUCAUCGGUUGUGUGGGAAAAUCCCUUCCUUCCUAAGCAAACUCACCAAUCUCGACUACCUCGACCUCUCCUUUAACCAAUUCACCGGUUCGAUCACUUCCUCCCUUUCCUCCCUCCUCAAUUUAACAGUUCUCCACCUCGACAGUAACAAUCUCACCGGAACAAUCCCCGAAUCAUUCGGAAAUUUCAAACAGUCUUUAAACCUCUACCUCUCUGACAACCAGAUCUCCGGUAAGAUUCCCACAUCGUUAGGAAAUGUGGAUUUUGUCGCGAUCGAUUUAAGUCGGAACAAGCUUCAAGGUGACGCUUCGAUGGUGUUCAAGGAAAAUGGGUUGACUCAGAAGAUUGAUCUGUCGAGGAACAUGUUUGACUUUGAUCUAUCGAAGGUGGAAUUCGACACGAACUUGCAGCAUUUGGACAUUUCACACAACAAGAUCUCUGGUGAGAUUCCCACAUCGUUAGGGAACGUGGAUUUCGUCACGAUCGAUUUAAGUCAGAACAAGCUUCAAGGUGACGCUUCGAUGGUGUUCAAGGCAAAUGGGUUGGCUCAAAAGAUUGAUCUAUCAAAGAACAUGUUUGACUUUGACCUAUCGAAGGUGGAAUUCAGCACAAACUUGCAGCAUUUGGACAUUUCACACAACAAAAUCUCCGGUGAGAUUCCCACAUCAAUAGGGAACGUGGAUUUCGUUACGAUCGAUUUAAGUCGGAACAAGCUUCAAGGUGAUGCUUCGAUGGUAUUCAAGGAAAAUGGGUUGGCUCAGAAGAUUGAUCUAUCGAGGAACAUGUUUGAUUUUGAUCUAUCGAAGGUGGAAUUCGGCACGGACUUGCAGCAUUUGGACAUUUCACACAACAAGAUCUCCGGUGAGAUUCCCACAUCGUUAGGGAACGUGGAUUUCGUCACAAUCGAUUUAAGUCGGAACAAGCUUCAAGGUGAUGCUUCGGUGGUGUUCAAGGCAAAUGGGUUGACUCAGAAGAUUGAUCUGUCGAGGAAUAUGUUUUACUUUGAUCUAUCGAAGGUGGAAUUAGGCACGAACUUGCAGCAUUUGGACAUUUCACACAACAAGAUCUUCGGUGAGAUUCCCACAUCGUUAGGGAAAGUGGAUUUCGUCACGAUCGAUUUAAGUCGGAACAAGCUUCAAGGUGACGCUUCAAUGGUGUUCAAGGCAAAUGGGUUGAAUCGGAAGAUUGAUCUGUCGAGGAACAUGUUUGACUUUAAUCUAUCAAAGGUGGAAUUCACCACGAACUUGCAGUAUUUGGACAUUUCACACAACAAGAUCUAUGGGAGCAUUCCAGAGGCGAUAACGGGAUUGGAUUUGCAGUACUUGAAUGUGAGUUAUAAUCGGUUGUGUGGGAAAAUCCCUCAAGGUGAGAACGUUCAGAACUUCGAUUCCUACUCUUUCUAUAAUAAUAAGUGCCUUUGUGGUUCACCGCUCCCCGCUUGUAAGGAACAACCGUCGACGUCACAAAAGGUGCAUAAAAUUGCAAGGGAUCAGAAAUAA